AUGUCUAAACGCCUUCAACGUCUCGAACAAGUUGAGAAAGGUGUAGUUAAUCUUUCUCUGGGUGGUCAAGAUAGUGAUGAUUCUGAUGAUAAUUCCAAAAGAAAAAAUAAUAAGAAAAAAGAUACUGCAGCAAAGAAGAAACAGCCACAACCACCACCAAAAGUAGUUUCUUCAAAAAAACAACAAUCGGAUGAUGACAAUGACAAUGAACCAGUACCAACAAAAGCUGUUGCUGCUGCACACAAUGAUUCCGAUGAUGAAAAACCUCGCAAUAAAAACACAAAUAAAAAAAAUAAAGGAAAGAAAAAUAAAAAACAAGGAAACGACGAUGAUGAUGAUGACGACGAUAAUCAAUCAUCUAUUAAACAAGCUUCUCUACCAGCUGAUUCCGAUGAUGAUGAUGAUCGUCGAAAUAAGAAAAAAAACAAGGGAAAAAAUAAGAAUAAAAAUGAUGAUAAUGAACCAGUGCAAAAUGAAAAUAAAUCAGAUCGAAAAAAACCAAAAGGUGGUAAAAAAGCUGCCGCAUCAGAUAAUGAAGAUGAUCAUGAUGAUGAUGUUCAACCACCACCACCACCACCAGCACCUAUUCAAAACGAAGCUCAACAAGCUACUGUAAACUUUUCUGAUGAAUCUGAUGAUGAUAAUCGAUCGAAGAAAAAAAAUAAAAAACAAAAUAAACCGAAUAAAGGUGGAAAACAACAAACAAAAAAAGUUGAAUCCGAUAAAGAAGAAGAAGAACAACCAGUUGUUGAGAAUAUUCAACCAGUAGAAAUUAAAGAAGUUUCACAAGCACCUAUUGAAUGGAGUGAUUCGGAUGAUAAUGAUAAAAAGAAGAAAACAAAAUCGAAGAAGAAACAACAAGAUACUGUAUCUGAACCAGCACCAACAAUUCCUAUCAAACAAGAACCAACACCACCUGUAAUAGAACAAAAGCCGACACCAUCUGUGCCAGAGGAAAAACCAGCACCAAUCGUUACUCAAUUAGAACCCGCAUCAUCACCCUCAACUACUGAAACAACAACAACAACAACAACAACAGCAACAACGAAAAAGAAAAUUUCAAGUAAAGAAUUAAAGAAAUUAUUAGCUGCUGAACAAAGUACUCCUAUGGAAGAAGAUAAACCUGAAGAAGACGACGAAGCCGAAGUCAAUGCUGAACCAGAAAAAGAAGACUCGAGUGCUAAAACAACAGAAAAAAAAUUAACACGAAAAGAACUGAAAAAUUUAGAGAAAAAGGCUGCAUUUGAAAAAGCAAUUGCAUCAGCACCUGUAGACGAUCAAUUUUCUGUUUCUCAAGCAAAUACACAAAGUCGUCAAGCUCAAUUAUUUGAAACUGCUAUUGAUAUUAAAAUCGAUAAUUUUUCUAUAUCAGCUCGUGGUAAUGAUUUAUUUGUUAAUGCUAGUUUACAUAUUUCAAAUGGUCGUCGUUAUGGUCUUGUUGGACCAAAUGGAAUGGGUAAAACAACAUUACUUAAACAUAUUGCUAAUCGUCAAUUAGCUAUUCCACCAAAUAUUGAUGUUCUAUUAUGUGAACAAGAAGUUCAAGCUGAUGAAAAAAAUGCAUUAGAAAUUUUAUUAUUGGCUGAUGUAAAACGUUUAGAUCUUAUUAAAGAAAAAGAACGAAUUGAAUCUCUACUUGAAACAUCAAAUGAAGUUGAUUUACAGGAUAAAUUACGACAUGUUUAUGAUGAAUUGAAAGCGAUUAAUGCUGAUGCAGCUGAACCAAAAGCACGACGAAUCUUAGCUGGUCUUGGUUUUACUGCUGAAAUGAUUAUGCGUCCAUCGAAAUCCUUUAGUGGUGGUUGGCGUAUGCGUAUAUCACUUGCUCGUGCACUUUAUAUGGAACCAACAUUAUUAAUGCUUGAUGAACCAACAAAUCAUCUUGAUCUUAAUGCUGUUAUUUGGCUUGAUAAUUAUUUACAAUCAUGGAAGAAAACUUUAUUGGUUGUUUCUCACGAUCAAUCGUUUUUAGAUAAUAUUUGUACUGAUGUUAUUCAUUUAGAUGCAAAAAAAUUAUAUUAUUACAAAGGCAAUUAUUCAUUAUUUAAAAAAAUGCUUUUACAAACACGUUCACAGCAAUUAAAAGAUUAUGAAAAACAAGAACGUGCAUUGAAAGCAUUAAAAGAUCAUGGACAUUCAUCAAAACAAGCUUCAGCUAAAGUUAAAAGUCGUGAAGAUCAGAAACAAAAAGGAAAAGAUCGAGGAAGAAAACAAGAUACUGCUGAUGAUGAUUUAACAGCUACGAAAGAAUUAUUACAAAAACCUAAAGAAUAUCAAGUUAAAUUUCGUUUUCCAUCACCACCACCACUUAAUCCACCUGUAUUAGGUGCAUAUGAAGUUACAUUUGGUUAUAAAGAUCGAGAACCACUUUUUGAAAGACUUAAUUUUGGUAUUGAUAUGGCUAGUCGAAUUGCAAUUGUUGGGCCAAAUGGUGUUGGUAAAAGUACAUUUUUAAAAUUAUUAAUGACUGUAAUUGAACCAACUAAAGGUGAAAUUCGUCGAAAUCAUCGUCUUCGUAUUGGUCGUUUUGAUCAACAUGCUGGUGAACAAUUUGAUUUAGAAUUAACAGCUGUUGAACAUCUAAGACGAUCAUUUAAUAUGCCUGAACAAGAUACAAGAAAAUCUUUAGGAAGUGUUGGUUUACCUGGUCGAGCUCAUUUAAUAAAAAUGAAAGAUUUAUCUGGUGGACAAAAAGCUCGUGUUGCACUAUCAGAUUUGAUAGCACGUGCACCUGAUGUAUUGAUUCUUGAUGAACCUACAAAUAAUCUGGAUAUUGAAUCAAUUGAUGCAUUAGCUGAUGCAAUUAAUGAUUUUAAAGGUGGUGUUAUUAUUGUUUCUCACGAUGAAAGACUGAUUCGAGAAACUGAUUGUCAAUUAUGGGUUAUUGAGCAUAGACAAAUCAAUGAAAUUGAUGGAGAUUUUGAUGAUUAUAGAAAAGAAUUACUCGAAUCAUUAGGUGAAGCAAUGAUUCAUAAUCCAAGUGCAGCAGCAACAGCAGCUGCUACAAUUUAA